AGUUGAUAGAUUGAUAUCAUAAGAAUGAGGAUGAUGGUGAAGAUGAAGGUGUUGGAAAUUAUUACAACGGGCCACUGGCGUAAAUCUCGUCCGAGGAGUAUGGGGUAGGAUUAUAGCAUUAAUUGACCUGAAAAUUCAAAAUUACUGAGAGUGAAUCUGGGGUCGUCAUAUUUUCGAGCAGUCUGCUUAUGAUGGCAAAUCAGUCCACAGCUUAAUUAUGGUUUCGCCAAACAAUUUAACCCAUACGCAGUGUAUGCAGACCAGCAAUAUAAUUAGACAAGAUAAUUAAAGAUAAAGGCACCACACAAUGUGAUCAACUUAAUAAUAAAAGCACAGAAGAGCGAGAGAAGCGCACUGUUAACGCGGGAGAAGUAGAAAUAUGGUUGUGUAAAAGCAAAAUUGUCGGGAUAUUUUCACAUUGUGUACAUCACGGAAAGUACCGCGUGUGUAACGGUGUGAAGAUGAAGACCAAAAUGAGAUCUGGAUUACUCUUCUUCGCGGCUAUAAUCCUUAAUCUCCUCCAGCCAUCAAUAGGAAACGAUGAUCUUUUCUUCCCGUUUGGAUUGACGGAAGGCGACAGAUUCAUGAACAUAAUUGAUGACGGGUCGACAUUCCGACAACUCAUCUCCGUGGUUUUCCCCUUCUUCGAUAAUAACCAUUAUAGUCUAUUUGUAAACACUAACGGUGUCAUUUCGUUCUUGGAGCAAGUGACAACUUACACACCUGACCGAUUUCCACUCGAUGACAACCGCCGUCUGCUGACACCCUUCUGGGCCGAUGUCGACACGAGAAAUGGCGGCGCUAUUUCCUAUCGAGAGGUUCUCCGAUUCGGACAAGACGACGAGCUGUUCGUCGAGGCCGAUGCCAUCAUAAGAUCAUCGUUCGUUGAAAUGAGAGACUUUGUGUCAUCGUGGCUGUACAUCACAACUUGGGACCAGGUGGCUUUCUACGGCAGUCGGGAUGAUAGUAUCAGGAAUUCCUUCCAGGCCGUGCUUGUAACCGAUGGCCGCUAUUCCUUCGCCAUCUUUAACUACGGUGAUAUCAACUGGACCACUGGGGAGGCCAGCGGUGGUGACCCAUCGACAGGUCUUGGUGGGACGCCUGCCCAGGUUGGAUUCAACGCUGGUGACGGAGUGACUUACUACAGCGUCCCUGGAUCUCAGACACCCGCUGUCGUCGACAUCGAAACGACCUCGAACAUAGGCGUUCCGGGAAGAUGGGUUUUCAGAACGGACAAUGCCAACAUCGAAGGAUUAGAAUGCGUAACGUUUGGGAAGAUUAGUUUAUUUCCUUUGGUCGGUUCCAUGUUUGGCGGGACUCAGGUGUUCAUUAACGGACCGUGCUUCAACUCAACGAGCCAAAUCGUUUGUGAUUUUGACGGAAUCAAAACGAAUGGAAGGCUUCUGUCAGACAAGACCGCGAUUUGCAUAUCGCCAACCUUUUACAAAGUCGGAAGAAUUCCGCUUCUAGUGUCUUUAGACGAUGGAAACAAUUAUCUUUUCAAAGGAACUUAUACACUUAGUAGCGUUGAGGACGUCCCUGAUAAUGUAUUUUCCUCGGUAACGGAAAGCGACCAAAGAGAAUCCGACUUCGUGAUCACUUGGGGCGUCGGAGCCAUGCAGCGUGUAAAUACAGUCGACAUCGUAGUCUAUGGGUACCAAGAGGAGAGGGGAAUCGAUUUUAAUGGACCUUUGAUCACACUGGCCCAAGGAGUUGACUACAGCCUCGGGACUCACAGAGUUGUAGGGUUACCCUACAGCGAGAUUGGUUAUGAGGUCGGAGUCAUCGGGAUCAUCGAUUCUGCGACUAAUUACAGCCGCGCUAUACUCUGGAGCAAGGUACAUGUUCUUCAGUGGAUGAAUGGCUUUGAUACAAAGAAGUGGUGUCGCAAUUGGCUUGACAUUGAGGUUGAAAAUGAUGAUACCUUUCUGAAUGCCACGCCACCGUGCCCUUGUACAUUUGACCAAGCUCAGUUGGACAUAGGCAGGUUCAGCCCCCAUCCGGAGUGUGACGUUGAUUCCACAGAACCCAACAACUGCAUUCACAAACCUCAAGCAAUGCAUUGUGUCCGAGCCAACCUGCCAAGCUUAAAAGGUGGUGGACAGGCGUGCUGCUAUGAUUGCAAGGGAGUGAUCAUCAACGUCUUUGACUUCCCAGGAGGAGGCUACAGCAAUCGCUACCAUCACGGAGGUGUCUAUCCUUACGAGAAGAUUGGAAAGGUACCAUAUAUGUCUCACUACGUUACCGACUGGUUACCGUGGACCUACUGCUGUCGCUUUGGUGAGCACGAUGAUUCCGAGUGCAAAAACUUUGCAAGAGAACGACCAUCUCAAAUGUGCGACAACUACAGGCCACCACCACCAGCGCUGGGAAAUGGCGACCCCCAUAUUGCAACUCUCGACUCGACCAUGUACACAUUCAACGGGCACGGUGAAUACACCAUGAUGAACGCAAUAAACGGGACUUUCAUCUUACAAGCAAGAACCGCACCACUCUCGGGAAUCCCUUUGGCCACCGUGUUCAUAGCUGUCGCUGUUAGGUACGGUGAUAGUGACAUCAUCCAUGUUCAAACAAAUGAACGCAGGGUUCUUGAUGCGUACGUCCAACAAGUCGGAGAUGAACAGAAUUUCACGAGGAUUGACUUCACGCAAGCUCCUCGAUGGGCAUUUCAAGGUGUUUCGGUGACGGGUCGCAACAUUACCUCAGAUGGAAUCAUAAUUGCUUUCGACGGUGGGGUAGGACUGACCUUGAAGGAAUCAGAAGGGGCUAUGAGUAUUUUCCUUGUCGCUCCGGACUCCUUCCGGAAUCAAACGCAAGGUCUGAUGGGAACGUGGAAUGGUGUUUCCAGUGAUGAUUUUCUGACCCCUCAGGGAAAUCUGUUGUCACCUGAUCUGACUACUGAGCAGCUACACGACCAAUUCGGGCUACAGUGGGAGAUCGAUGCACAAGAAUCGUUGUUCUUCUACGAAACAGGCACCGACCACGAAUCCGUCACGGAUCGUAACUACCGUCCCAUUUUUGAGCCAGUCACAAACCCUUUACUAAAUCCAGCCCAGGUGGAGGAAGUCUGCGGUACGAAUCAGUUCUGUAUCUUCGACUACCAGACAACGGGUUCGCAGUCUUUUGCCGAAAAUUCCAUCGAGGAAUUCGACCAGUAUGAAGAUGCCGUCGACAAUCGGGAGUCAUUCGUGAGCUGCCCAACCCUUUCCGCCCCUGCAAAUGGGAGUGCCAUCGUAACGACCUACGUAGCAGGAGGUGUCGCCAGAUUCGUGUGCGAUAGUGGGUUCGAACCGAGUCACAUGACCAACCUGACCUGCCAAUCAAAUGGAACGUGGACUGCUGGUGAUACUCCGACGUGUAUCGAGGUUUUCGUGCCGACGACCAUUGCGAUCUCUAUGCCGACGUCUGGAAUGACCUCUCAAGCUGCCAGAACAACACUGCUAUCAUCCUUGGGUCCAACUGAAACAAAGACUUCCCAAGACACAACAUCUACUGCUACCGUUCGAGGGACUUCUCCACCUCAAGGAGAGACCAGAUCUACAGAACAGUAUGUAACAGAGGACACUACGACAUCCCCGCAGUUGACCACGAUACUGAAGAAGGUCGACGAUGCUCUUCCCACUUGGUCGAUCGUAGUGAUUUCGCUCGGGUCCGUUCUUGUUGUCGCUGUUAUCGGGAUUAUUAUCGGCACCAUGUGUCACAAGAAAAGUGUGACACCUAAUAAUAGCCAGGAAUUCGCUCACCCAAAUCCUACAUUCGUAAAGACUGAAACGGGGUAGCCAUCGAUUCGCUGUUGGAGAGUACAGGUUUCAACACCGUAGACAGUCCCUACCCACGCACGUCACAGGACAGUACCCAAGUAGCACACGAAGAUCAAAUCUAUCAUUGAAUUGUUAUGUCUACAUCCGUCCAACAUAUGCAAAAUAAAUUUUUUAUGGACUUAUAAAUUGAAUAUUUGUAAUUAUUCAGUACGCAACCCCCCAAAAAGACUUCACCUAAUCGUUUUGAUGAUCUCAGAGUAAAUAGAAGAGUUUUCGCGAUGGCAACGGGACGGAUUCUGCAACGAUGUAAAUAUAUUGAAAAUGUUUGUCAAAUCACAACGGACAGCUGCUGAGAGAUUUUUGCCGACAGUUGGUGGACCGGGACAGCCGGUCGUCCUAAGAUUCGGGCCGAAUGAAAAAUGGAAAAAUGUAUCAGUUUUUCUGAGUCCAGGAUGACACUGCUGUUUUGAUUCACCGAUUUCGACAAAGACUACAUUAUUAUGAAGGGCUUUUGACAAUAGAUUAUCUGCAUUCCAGAAGGCGCAUGCGUAGUGCUUGUGAAAACUCCCUAUAAAGUAACAAACUGUUGAGAGCUAUGCAGUGAAUUGUGAAGCCUACUGUAACGUUUCUCUUCUUAGUCCUCACCCCUGUCCUUCCCAUGCAUGAAUUCAUUGAAUCCAGUAUGGGAAAUAACCAUGUUUGCCUUUUAUUGCCUUUUAUCAGAUUUACAAUUCAAAAUAUGAAACUUGUGCAGCCACUUACAUUUAGAGGCUGUUCAUCUAUACUUGACUGUUCUUGAAUGUCCAAUUUGCAUGAACUUGAUCCGUGAAUUUUAAAAGUUAUUGCGACAUUUCAAAAACUUUACCUUGGCAAAGAUUUCGACAUUGAUUUCCCAAAACAUGAUUUAAGUUCAUUGACCCUAAAUGACAUUUGACCUUGGUCAUGUGAGCUGAAACUCAAACAAGAUGUUUAGUGAUACUUGGUUACCAUGCCCAAGUUUGAAAUUGGCCCAUAUACUUUUUAAGUUAUGACAUUUCAAGAACUUAACCAUGGUUAAGAUUUUAAUAUUACGACGCCGCCGUCGUCGGAAAAGCGGCGACUAUUUUCUCGCUCUGCUAUGCAGGCGAUACAAAAACGUCUUUUUGUAUUCUUUAACUUUAUAAGAUAUUAUCUUGUAUGCUCAAUAAAGAAGUCUUAUGAUUCAGAUAAGAACCCGGUACAUCCUUCGUGAUAACUUCUACUUUCUCAUUUCAGGCCGAUAAAAAAAACAGAAAAAGGUGCAACAGGAAACAAUUGUACUUUCAAAGUAGCAUCAUGAAUAGAGUUAGAACUACUUAACGUCUAGUGUUAAAAUAACCAUAGACAGUUGUGUUGUAAACAAUAAUUGUUCAUAAUUUUCUUUAUACUUCUCCAAAAUAUAUGUGGAAAUGUCUUUGAUAUCCUAUUCCAAAAAUGUCAACAGAAAUUACCAAAACAAAUUAAUAUAGAAGGCGAGAUAGUUAAAAAUAAACUGAAAAUUGCUUGUUAUUUUAUCAAUAUAAAUACAGCCCUAAACGAUAUACAAUGCAAUGACCAAAUUCAAAACACAUCUCAAUUCUCCCCACGAUAAGCAUAAUAAUUGACAGAUAUGCCAAAAUCUACGGUUAUCUCACAAAAAAAGUAAAUCUUCAGUAAAGCUGAGUUUCGUUUCCCCUACGACAGCCGUACGGCGAGUCGAAAACAGCCGUUUUAUUAAUAUUUAUUCAAACCAAUUGUGUAGCUGGUACAAAUGCUAAAACGGCUAUUUUCGACUCGCCAUACGGCCGCCGUAGGGGGAAAUGUGACUGCGCCAUUGAUAAGCUCCAGUCUAUCUCUACUGAGAUGGAUUUAUUCGUAUCUGAAUAUGAGGUCGCAAUGUGUCCAAUAUUUCUGGGAAAGAGUGUGUGUAUCGGAGUACCACAAUGAUCCAUCUUAGGUCCGCUACUAUUUCUGGCCCUGAAGUUAAAGACCUGUCUCAUGUAACUAAGAACGGUUAAGGCACAAUGUAUGCCGACGACAAGACAUUAUUUUAUCAGGGUCCGAUAAGAUAUUAUCUUGUAUGCUCAAUAAAGAAGUCUUAUGAUUCAGAUAAGAACCCGGUACAUCCUUCGUGAUAACUUCUACUUUCUCAUUUCAGGCCGAUAAAAAAAACAGAAAAAGGUGCAACAGGAAACAAUUGUACUUUCAAAGUAGCAUCAUGAAUAGAGUUAGAACUACUUAACGUCUAGUGUUAAAAUAACCAUAGACAGUUGUGUUGUAAACAAUAAUUGUUCAUAAUUUUCUUUAUACUUCUCCAAAAUAUAUGUGGAAAUGUCUUUGAUAUCCUAUUCCAAAAAUGUCAACAGAAAUUACCAAAACGAAUUAAUAUAGAAGGCGAGAUAGUUAAAAAUAAACUGAAAAUUGCUUGUUAUUUUAUCAAUAUAAAUACAGCCCUAAACGAUAUACAAUGCAAUGACCAAAUUCAAAACACAUCUCAAUUCUCCCCACGAUAAGCAUAAUAAUUGACAGAUAUGCCAAAAUCUACGGUUAUCUCACAAAAAAAGUAAAUCUUCAGUAAAGCUGAGUUUCGUUUCCCCUACGACAGCCGUACGGCGAGUCGAAAACAGCCGUUUUAUUAAUAUUUAUUCAAACCAAUUGUGUAGCUGGUACAAAUGCUAAAACGGCUAUUUUCGACUCGCCAUACGGCCGCCGUAGGGGGAAAUGUGACUGCGCCAUUGAUAAGCUCCAGUCUAUCUCUACUGAGAUGGAUUUAUUCGUAUCUGAAUAUGAGGUCGCAAUGUGUCCAAUAUUUCUGGGAAAGAGUGUGUGUAUCGGAGUACCACAAUGAUCCAUCUUAGGUCCGCUACUAUUUCUGGCCCUGAAGUUAAAGACCUGUCUCAUGUAACUAAGAACGGUUAAGGCACAAUGUAUGCCGACGACAAGACAUUAUUUUAUCAGGGUCCGAUAAAGAUAGUAUAAAAUAUGCUUAAUAAGAAGAUGUGAAUGCUGUAAACCAAGUAAUAGUCAAUGUUUAAAGAACAAAAUGAUAAUACUGCGUUCAAGGCAAAGAUUGAACAAAUUUGAUCAUUCUGAUUAAAUAUUUAUAUUAAAGUUUGAUGAU